AUGGCGAGAACAAGGGCUUUGCUACCGGGCGUCCUGCUUUUGCUGGCCUUCCUGGCUGCCGGCUCAGCCAAGGAUGGCUGCUUCCCGAAGGAUGGAAACGGCGAUUCAGGUGGCCAGGGUACAAAGAAACCUAAACCAACCCCCGACAAGGGUCCGGGUGGCCAGGUGACAAAGGACCCUAAACCAAUCCCCGAUGAGAAUCCGGGUGGCCAGGGGACAAAGAAACCUAAACCAACUCCCGACAAGGGUCCGGGUGGCCAAGGAACAAAGAAACCUAAACCAACCCCCGACAAGGGUCCGGGUGGCCAGGGGACAAAGAAACCUAAACCAACGCCCGACAAGGGUCCGGGUGAGUGUGACGGGGUCUAG